CCCGUAAAGCUACGCGAUCACGCGAUUACGCGAUCACGGGUUUCUUCCCGGAAGAGUAGUCUUGGCUGUAGCGCUAGAGGCUGAUUGCACCGUUCUAUGAGCCGCCUCUAAUGCUCAGUGCAGGCCCGCGCAUCUGGCUCUUGCCUUGUCCAUCGGGGCCAGUGCUUACUCUACCCACAUUCCCGAAGUCCCACAGGGCACCCUGAGUGGCUCCAACUCGGCCCACUCGCACCAGGCCCUGGCUCUGGUCUGCAGGCUACUCCACAGAGUUCAAAAGAGAAGAUGUCCUGAUGGCGGGACUUGCGUGAAGCGGCCAGCUCCCCCAUCACAGGGUGCUGGCUUUUGGCCUGGUCAGAAAGAGGCACCAUUGCCUUACAGUUUUUCUUUACCGGAAAGCCUCCAGGAACAGGCACUGUUUAUCUGUUUUGGCAUCACAACUGGGAUCCAAAGAAGACCUUUUGACUACUGAGGAUGGUGAACAAACCAAGGGCUGGUAUCCACUUUAUCCAUUGAACUCAUGGCUGUCCCGCCAUGGAGGUCACAAACUCCUUUGGAUCACAUGAGUGGAGGGAAGAUAGAGCAGGAAGGGGAACCCCUCUGGAAAGCACAGGGACCUGAGACACAGAGACAACCUGAACCUGUUCAGUAUCCUGUUCAGUGUGUGGAUUCAGUCCUCAUCUUUGUCUUCUUGGCAGUGGCUCCAUACUCACUGGUGAAGCAAUCUUGAUUCUCAUCAGCUUCUCGGUCUCAAAGUCAGCUUCUCCGCUCAGGGAGUACAACUUGUCAGUGGAUGCACUUCCUUAAAUUAAGUGACUCAGAAGAUUGAAAACAUUCUUACAAUUUUUGGCAUCAUGAAUUUGAUGAAAUAUACAAAAUAAAUUCUCUGUAAAAGGAGGGCAGCAGCUUCCAACAAUAUGACCACCCGACCUUUGCCCACGUUCAUGAGCAACAUCCUCAGGCUCCAGAGAAUGCUUCUCCACUGGAGCUGUGUGUCCUAUGGCAACCAUGGCCUGUGUGACUGGUGCCAGUAUGUCUGGGAUGAUACUCCUUCCAACUACAAGGAAGAUUUGAGUGGUGAAGUUCUUUGGAAAGAGCAAAGACAAAUUAGCCUUUUUAUGUUUCAGUUUGUGGUCCUGGAAGUACUCCUAAUUUAAUUCAGUAUUUACAGCAGUUGCACAUAUGAGGAACAUUUUGUAGCAUUAAACAGUCAUAUCAGUCCUAUAUUUGCAUAUAUGCAUGUGUGGGGAUAACAUCCAUGGAGCCUAAUACUCUUUGUAACGUUGAAUAGAGCUAUAUCAUUACUUUAAGGAUAGUGAAAUUGCGAUAUAAGUGACCAUUAUUUGUAUGAUGAAGUUGAAUUACUUAUAGUAUUUACUGACCCUUUCCAAUAUUUGAUCAGAAUAUGUAGAGUACAUUGUUUAUUUUUAAAUCUAAAAAUUGAUUAUUUCCCUUAGCAGUUCUUUGACAAUAAUUCAGAAAUUCAUCUUAUUUGCAAUUGUUUUCAAUAAAAUAAUCUCUGUAAAAUACUGGCUUUAACAAUAAAACUGUACUGAGACAAUGCGGCGGCGAUGUCCAGGAGCCAGGCGAGUGCCGCGGCGGCAGCUGUGGGGUUCUCGCACACGCACAGGGCAGGGCAGGGUGGCAGGGCGGCUUGGGCUUCGGCCUCCCUCCAGUUCCCAGGAAGGAUAAUACUAUCCUUAGUUAUAACCAUAAUGAGAUGAGUACUGGCAGUGGUGUUAAGUGCCAUUUUGAGCUGGCGGCCAGCGCAGAAGCAGCAGCAGCAGAGGCAGAGGCACCGGUGCCUCUCUCUCUCCUCCCCUUCAGCCUGAGCCAGGGGAGGGCAGGCGCCCGGGUGUCUAGAGGCGGUUCCGCUGCCCAAGAAUGGGAAUUCUCUUCACCAGGAAAUGGAGACUGUUCGAUCACCAGGGGCACAAAGUUAUUCUUGGGCUGGAUAAUGCAGGGAAAACUACCGUCCUUUACCAAGUUUCUAUGAAUGAAGUUGUACAUGCAUCACCUACAAUUGGAAGUAAUGUAGAAGAAAUAGUGAUUAAUCAUACGUGUUUCUUAAUGUGGGCUAUUGGUGGACAAGAAUCUCUUCGUUCUUCCUGGAACACAUACUGUACUAACACAGAGUUUGUAAUUGUUGUUGUGGACGGUACAGACAGAGAAAGAAUUUCUGUAACUAGAGAAGAACUCUAUAAAAUGUUAGCCCAUGAGGACCUAAGGAAAGCUGGAUUGCUGAUUUUUGCUAGUAAACAAGAUGUUAAAGAAUGCAUGACUGUAGCAGAAAUCUCCCAGUUUUUGAAAUUAACUUCUAUUAAAGAUCACCAGUGGCAUAUCCAAGCAUGCUAUGCUCUUACUGGAGAGGGAUUAUGCCAAGGACUUGAAUGGAUGAUGUCAUGAUUUAAGAUUAGAUGAUCUCUACUGACCUCUUCUCAUAGACUUUGUAUAAACGAAGUGCUGGACUUUAUCUGAAAGCUGCAAAAAUUAAUGGUUUAGAUAUAUUUAUAAUAAACUGAUUUAAACUUUUUCUAUAA